ACGGUAGAAACAAGUCGAUCCCGGAGGUUCAUUGACUUUAAACCACAUUUGAAGAAGAGGAUAUGGAUAUACAUAAGGAUAUAAGGAUAUGUCUUAAUGUUUCAUAAUCCCUGAGGCCAGCAUUAGGCAGAGUUCUCGUCCGCACGUCUUUCAGAUGAGGCAUGCUGGAAGUAUGCAGCCCAUGUACAGAAGAGAUGCUGGAGUCUGGCACCAAACAAGAAGUCUUCUCUACAAGAAUCUGCUCAUCAAGUGGAGGACCAAACAACAGAGUCUUCAGGAAUUGAUUUUACCUUUACUACUCUUGGGGCUGCUGAUACUCAUCAGUACCCUCAAUCCUCACGUUUACUAUGGAGGCAUCAGCACCAUGGAGCUGGAGCGGGAGGACCACUUCUUCAAGGGCCUGGGCUACACACCAAUCACCAACAUCACCACCCACAUCAUGGAGGAGGUGGCCCAUCAGAUGCUCUUGGAGAAUAAUCUGGAGAUGUUUGCUAGCGAGGAGGACCUGGAGAACGCCAGCCUGUACGAGCCUUCCAGCUACGUUGGUGUCGUCUUCAUGGACAGCUCUGCCACAUCUUACAGACUGCGCUUCCCCUACAACCAGCUGCCUCUGCCCAGCGAUUACACAGAAUCUAUUGCAAACUGUUUCACCAGCUCAGUGAACUGCAGAGCAGCUAACUACUGGUACUCGGGCUUCAUCCGCCUCCAGUCUCUGAUCGACGCAGCCAUCAUCCAGAUGCAGACGAAGCGGGCCGUGCGGAGUGAGAUGGACCUGAAGGUGGUCAUGAUGGGUCAACCGGGUUCUGUGGAGGUGCAGAAGUUCCCCCACGCCCUCAUCUCCAUAUACCUGGUCCUGGCCUUCACACCCUUCGUCACCUUCCUCAUCGUCAAUGUGGCAGCUGAGAAGGAACAUCGCCUCAAAGACACCAUGACCAUGAUGGGACUCUACAACACAGCCUUCUGGCUGUCAUGGGGCCUCCUGUACGCUGCUCUGGUGACCACCAUGUCCUUCCUGAUGUCCAUCAUCGCUACGUACACGGCACUGUUCCCUAACAGUGACUUCUUAGUUAUUUUCGGCCUCAUCUUCCUCUAUGGAAUAUCAUCUAUCUUUUUCUCCUUCAUGCUGACGCCGUUAUUUAAGAAGCCUAAGUUUGCCAGCACAGUGGGCUCCAUGCUGACCGUGGUGUUCGGCUGCCUGUCGCUCUUCACCGUGCUGAUGAAGGACUUCCCUCAGCCUCUGGUCUGGCUCCUCUGCCUGCUCUCCCCCAGCGCCUUUUCAAUUGGCAUCGCACAGGUGGUUUACCUGGAGGCUCAGGGAGACGGAGCUGUGUUUUCGUCCUUGACCAACGGGCCUCACCCUCUGUACGUGCCCCUGAUCAUGCUGGUUCUGGACUGCAUCCUCUAUCUUCUGCUGGCUGUUUACCUGGACCAGGUUCUGCCUGGUGAGUAUGGAAUAAGGAGGUCCCUGGUGUACUUCCUGAAACCGUCCUAUUGGUCCAAACGCACAGAGCGCUACGUGGAGGUGAGCUCGGUUUACGACGCGGAGGUGAACGGCGCUCCUGGUGUGGACGAGUCGGUCGAGCCUAUUUCACCUGAGUUCAGAGGGAAAGAAGCCAUUCGCAUCAAUAACAUCCACAAAGUGUAUAAAGAGAAGGACAACGUGGUGGAGGCUCUGAGAGGUUUGACGUUUGACAUCUACGAGGGCCAGAUCACGGCUCUACUGGGACACAGCGGGGCUGGAAAGUCCACUCUCAUGAACAUCCUGUGUGGUAUCUGCCCCCCCACCAACGGCUCGGCCACCAUCUACGGGUCGCCUGUCGCAGAGAUCGCCGAUGGGUCCGAAAUGAAGCAGCUGGUGGGAAUCUGCCCCCAGUUCAACAUCAUCUUCGACGUGCUGACGGUGGAGGAGCACCUCAGGAUAUUCGCCGCUAUCAAAGGGAUCCGACCUGCAGAGAUUGACGCAGAGGUUAACAAAGUUCUGAAGGAUCUGGACUUGGAAAAGAUCAUGUCUGCUCAGGCCAAGAAUCUGAGUGGAGGCCAAAAGAGGAAGCUCUCUGUGGGCAUCGCCAUCCUCGGAGAUCCCAAGAUCCUGCUCCUGGAUGAGCCCACGGCCGGCAUGGACCCGUGCUCCAGACACCAGGUGUGGUCGCUGCUGAAGAACCGGCGAGCUGGCAGAGUCACGGUCCUGAGCACACACUACAUGGACGAGGCAGACAUUCUCGCUGAUCGCAAAGCUGUGAUCUCUCAGGGACGACUGAAAUGUGUCGGCUCCUCCAUGUAUCUCAAGAUCAAGUGUGGUGUUGGAUAUCAUCUCAGAAUGUCGGUCACUGAGGGAUGUGAAGCUGAAAACAUCACGUCGUUGGUCGAGCAGAACGUUCCCAAGGCAAAGCUGUCCCAGCAGCAUGAAGCAGAGUUGACCUUCACGCUUCCCUUUGAGAGCAUGGACACGUUUUCAGGUUUGUUUUCUGAGUUUGACUCUCAACCCAAACUGGGAAUCAUCAACUAUGGGGUUUCCAUGACAACACUGGAGGACGUUUUCCUUCGCCUGGAGGCGGAGGCUGAAGUGGACCAAGCUGAUUACAGUGUGUUCAAUCGGGAGCAGGCCGAGGACGAUUGUGACACCAACGCCUGUGUGGACGACACAGACCAGCGGCUGCUCGCGUUCUCGGACAACAAGUCUGACGUUGUGUCGGGUCACGCUCUGUGGCGGCAGCAGUUCAGCACCGUGGCCUGGCUGCACAUGCUCAACAUGCACAGAGAGAGGAAGGCCUUCAUUUACACUCUGGCCUUGUUCCUGGUGUUUGUUGCUGCGGUGCUCGUCCUGUCUCUGGCCACUGGAAACAUCCAGAUUCACUCAUCAGAUCGUCAGUUUCUUCCCAUUUACCUCCUCAAGAAGGACCAGUUGCCUCGGAGAUACACCACCAGCCUCCUGGUUCAGAACUCCUCUGACUCUGAUAUUUCUGACUUUGUCCACAACCUGGAGUCUCAGAACAUAAAAGUGGAAAUGAUGAAACACAGUGACUACAUGUCCGCAGCUCCCCACAGCGCCGCCAUCAACGUGACGGGAUCCAACAAGGGGUUCAGGUACAGCGUUGCGUUCAACAGCACCACAGUCCACUCCUUGCCUAUGGCCGUCAAUGUUCUGAGCAACGCACUCCUCCGAGGCCUGAAUGGAACCGGACCCAUCCGAACCUGGACCAAGCCGUUUGAUUAUCAAAUCCCUGACGCCACGUCCUACGCUCUGGUGUACAUUGAGGCCAUCAUACUGGGAAUGCUGGCAGCUGGAAUGCCUGCGUAUUUUGCAAUGGACCACACUCGAGACCGAGAGAUCAAGUGUCGCUCAACUCUGCGAAUCUCUGGUCUGGUACCAUCGGCGUACUGGUGCGGCCAGGCAGCGGUGGACAUCCCCUUCUACUACCUCAUCCUGUCCUUCAUGAGCAUCAUCCUCUUCUCCUUCCACACCGGCAGCCUGCUCACCUCCAGCAACCUCACCGCUGUGGUCCUGUGUAUCGUUGGCUUCGGUCCGGCCAUGAUCCUCUUCACCUAUGUGUUUUCUUUUGGCUUCGCCCGAGUCCAGAGCAACAGGGAUUUCUUCUCUGUCAUCUCCAUGAUGGUGUGUGUUGUAUCAGCCUCGUUGGUUCAGUUGUCGUUUGUGAAUGACAACCUGGGACUGACCAGGAACCUGCACAACAUCCUGUGCUUCUUCAACCCUCUGUACCCUCUCAUGGGCUGCCUCAACUGCAUCACUAAGGCGACGUUCCUUCCUCUUCUCUACGAGAAGAACUUCUUGUGGAAGAACCUGCUCAUUGCGGUUCUAGCUCCUUAUCUCCAGAUCAUCCUGCUGCUUUUCGUGCUCCGCUGGCUGGAGAUCCGUCACGGAGGCAGGACGAUGAAGAAUGAUCAGUACUGCAGGAUCUCGUCCAAGUCAAAGCCCAAAGUGGAGAAGAACCCAGAAGAAGGUCAGAACGAGGACGAGGACGUUCAGAUGGAGAAGGCCCGAGUGAAGGAGGCUCUCACCUGUCAGUCCUGUGAGGAGAAACCAGCUGUGGUGGUGAGUAACCUGAGGAAACAGUACAAAGGCAGAAGAGAAGGCUUUUCCCUCAACAAGUCGAGGAAGGUGGCCACGAAGAACGUCUCCUUCUGCGUUCGAAAAGGGGAGGUUCUCGGACUGUUGGGCCCCAACGGAGCAGGAAAGAGCACCAUCAUGCACAUGUUGGCCGGGGACACGGACCCAACAGCCGGCCAGGUGCUGAUGGGGGACUACAGCACUGAGUUCCGUCCCGUGGACAAUCCUCUGGAGCACGUGGGCUACUGUCCCCAGGUGAACCCUCUGUGGCCGAGGAUCACUCUGCAGGAGCACCUGGAGAUCUACGCUGCCGUCAAGGGCCUGAGAGGACAGGACGUGCCGGGGAUCAUCAAACGGGUGGUGAAUGCUCUGGAGCUGAAGGACCACAUGAACAAACAAGCCAAGAGCCUGUCAGCAGGACUCAAGAGGAAGUUGUGCUUUGCUUUGAGCAUGAUCGGGAAUCCUCAGAUCGUGUUACUGGAUGAGCCGUCGUCAGGGAUGGACCCCAAGUCCAAGCAGCGCAUGUGGAGAGCCAUACGAGCUGCGUUCAAGAACCGCCAGCGAGGAGCCGUCCUCACCACGCACUACAUGGAGGAGGCCGAGGCCGUGUGCGACCGCGUGGCCAUCAUGGUUUCUGGGCAGCUGAGAUGUAUCGGCUCCAUCCAACAUCUGAAAGGGAAAUACGGUCGAGGUUACAGUUUGGAGGUGAAACUCCGAGAGGAGCUGACGGGGCUCCAGCAGGUGGCGCUGCUGCACAAAGAGAUUCUCAGAAUCUUCCCUCACGCCGCCCGACAGGAGAGCUUUGCUACUCUGAUGGUUUAUAAGAUCCCCACAGAGGACGUCACGUCACUGGCCGAGUCUUUCUCUCAGUUAGAAAGCGCCAAGCAAAUGUUCAACUUUGAAGAAUACAACUUCUCCCAGUCGACCUUAGAGCAGGUGUUCAUGGAGUUUGCCAAGGAGCAGGAGAACGAGGAGGACGAGGUGGGCUCGCUCAGCACGACCUUCCAGUGGCAGCGGCUGCGUCAGGACGGACCCGUCUCGGCCAAUCACACGGACAGCAUCGUGCACCAGCUGUGAGCCGGCUGCGGUCUGACCAGGACUCACCGACCCCGUCCCGCCAGGCCUCAGAGCCUGAGGGCUCACGCCAGCACUCGCCCGCUCCACGCACGCCGACCCCCAGCGCCCUCCACGGACCGGGACAGACCUGCUGGGGGCGCCACACCGGGACUGUGUGUGUGUGUCUUUGGGCUCUGGGCUGUCCCGGCUUCUUCCUGUGGGUCUGAGGUGAGCAUGUGUGUAACCCUCGUCCACCGGUGCGGUUCUUCCUCCACACGCCGACGCGACACCUCCUCCUCUUCCUGACGGUGUUUUUAAAUCUUCACAGGGAGUCAGUCAAUGGAAAAAUAUCUAUAUAAUAUAUGAAUAUUUAUGCUUUGUAACCCUCUCCGUCCGUUGUCGUCUGUCGGAGGCGUUGCAGUGAGUGAGUGAGUGUUUUGUGUGUUGUGUUUGUGAAACAGUUUUGAAGCACCACCAGAAAUGGGAUCCAUCCACAAUUGUACCAAAGCAGCACUUGUCUGAACCACACACUCACACAAGUCCGCACACAUCCACUGACAAGUGCUUUGGUUUUUUAGUGUCGGUAGCAUGUGCGUUAAUAGUUUGCGUAAAUAAACUUGAUGUGGGGCAGUGAAUUAAAAGAGUUGAAACACUGGAGAGGAGACGCUCGUCCUGCAGAGUCGUGAGAGACCUGAGUCACAGAACGUUUUCAUUCCUGAGGCUGAAGACGGAAUUCUCUGGUUUGUUUCGUCCACGUUGAAACGUCCUCGUCCUCCAGGAGAGUCUCAGCGUCUCGCCCACGUGGAGGUUGAUCGUUGAAGUGUUGCAGACGGAUGUUUGGGUUUCAGACUCUUCGCCCUGUGGUCUCCUCUCGUAGGAGACGUGUAACCACGGUGAUGAGGGGCGGAGCUUGUUGAAACAUUGUUUAUCUCCCGGCAAGUUUUUAGAGGAUUUUUGAUCAAACAGAUUUGAAUGUAUUUGAUUGAGGUGGGGG